AUGGCCACCCCCAAACCCUUUCCGACGCUUGUGCAACUGGAGCAGCGGGAAGGGGCGCCCUUCCAGAUGCUCAGUAACAUCACCAAGCGGCCCUACUGGUUCCACUCCGAGUACCUGAAGGCUCCGAAGGCAGUUCACCUCGAGGCGUGGCUGGUGGAAGCGAUCUUCGGCCCUGGAGGAGAGCACAUUCCCCACGUCGAGUGUGUGUCGCAGACCCUGCUUCGCGUUAAUCAGUGGAACCCUGAAGGCGAUGCUGAGAUUUUGAUAUUUGGUCGGCCUUCUUACCAAAAGGAUGUAUCAAAGAUGAUCAUGAACUUAGCUAACUAUCACCGCCAACUCCGGGAGCAAAGUACGGGAUUCCGGGCCCCCACCCCUGCAGCCCCUAUGGAUGACACCUGUAGUGGAGAGAGUAUGGGGACACCAGUGCGGGCUUCUCACAGUGCUCUUCUUCCAGGCACGGGGAGGAACACUGUCCAGGAGAACAAGACCCAGCGCUCCCCCGACACAGCCGGGGAGGCGGCCACCCAGCGCUCCCCGGACGCUACCCAGGAGGCGGCCACCCAGCGCUCCCCCGACGCAGUCCGGGAGACCGCGACCCAGCGGUCCCCCAACGCAGUCCGGGAGGCGGCCACCCAGCGCUCCCCGGACGCUACCCAGGAGGCGGCCACCCAGCGCUCCCCGGACGCUACCCAGGAGGCGGCCACCCAGCGCUCCCCCGACGAAGUCCGGGAGACCGCGACCCAGCGGUCCCCCAACGCAGUCCGGGAGGCGGCCACCCAGCGCUCCCCGGAUGCUACCCAGGAGGCAGCCACCCAGCGCUCCCCCGAUGCUACCCAGGAGGCGGCCACCCAGCGCUCCCCCGAUGCUACCCAAGAGGCGGCCACCCAGCGCUCCCCCGAUGCUACCCAGGAGGCGGCCACCCAGCGCUCCCCCGAUGCUACCCAGGAGGCGGCCACCCAGCGCUCCCCCGAUGCUACCCAGGAGGCGGCCACCCAGCGCUCCCCCGACGCAGUCCGGGAGACCGCGACCCAGCGGUCCCCCAACGCUACCCAAGAGGCGGCGACCCAGAGCUCCCCCAACGGUACCCAGAGCCAGGUUCCCAGGUUAUGA